UGAGAAUCAAUCUUUUCCUCACACCAUCACUUUCCGACAGUCGUUGCUUGGCUGUAUUACUGGCGCACGAGUUAACUGCUCGUCGCCUUGGUCUUUUUCCGUCAAAGGCUUUUCGUUCUUCGGACACCCGUAAUGGCCCUCUCUGCCGCUGACCUCCAGAGGAGGCACGAGCUCGAAGGCACCCCGGACCCAUUCCCUUCUCUUGUAGAGUCGCCAGCUAGGCCCAGGACUCAGGCUCCUGUUACUCAGGUGGACACCAAUUCCCAGACGGCCUUUCCCUCUCUUGCGUCCGCAACGCCCCAAGCUGCUCCUGCCCCAAAGUCAGCCUGGGGCACCGACGCUGGUCCUCGCAUCAAGCCCAGUGUCGCUAGGCAGCCCGUCUUCACUGACUCAUUCACCCUCGCCGCUAUCGAGUUGACUGCUUCCGGGAGAGAUCAAAAGCCUCCGACUCUUGGUGAGGUCAUGAAGCAGGUUAUGACCAAGUACAAGGUUAAGCUGGAUGCGUCUCGCAAUGAGCGUACUCGUCAGACCACAUUUCACAUCAAGGCCGACACUCAGAAGGAACUUGAUAAGGCCAAGAGAAGUCUUCUUGCUCUUCUCAGUCCGGUGAUUACACGUGUCAUUCAAGCUCCAGUUUCGACCAUCGCUAGCAUUAUCGGGCCUAAGGGUGCGACGCUGAAACAAAUCCGCGAUCAAACGAGUGUGAGGGUCGACAUACCCCGCAGAGACACACUUGCCCUUCCAAAUGGCAGUGGACAUGUUAACGGCAGUUCGUCAGGCAAAGCCACUCCCUCUCAGGACGAUGAAGAGGAGGAGCUUCUAGUCCCGGUUACUCUGGUUGGCCCUCAGCCCUUGGCUUACGAGGCAGAGGCUCUUUUGAAAGAGAUCAUAUCGUCAAAGACCUCGAAGACUACCCAGCGCGUUCGCGAUAUCCCCGCUCAUAUCCUCCCAUUUGUCAUCGCUCGGAAGGCUCAGUUUGAGGCUGCGGCAGAGGGAGAGGAAAUCAGGUUGACGCUGAAUACUGUGGAUCGCGAAAUUGCCGUCAAUGGUGAUCGUGAAGCCGUCGGACGUGUUAUCGAAACGAUUAGGGCUACUAUCGAUACCUUCAAAGCUGCGUUGACUUCUCUGAAGAUGUCUUUACCCAAACGACAGCACCGGUUACUUAGCGGCCCAGCGGCCCAAGAGGUGAUGUCGAGAAGCAAGUGCGCUGUGAUCGUGGCAAAACCGGAUGAACCCAGUGACGAAAUUAUUGUCUGGGGACAUCCCAAUGAUCUAGCAGGCGGUCUUACGGCAGUCAUGGAGCAGGCAAACUCGAAAUACAUUCACGAAUUCCCGCUCCCCGGACCCAUUGCUACAUCACGACAACUUUUAGCGUAUAUGACGCGUAUCAACUACCCAAAGACGCUCAUGACAGCCAAUCCGGAUGUCUCGGUCUAUACACCGUCCCUGGCUGCCAUUGACAAAGCUACGUCUCUAACGAUUGACCUUGUCGGUGACAAGUCUGCUGUUGAUGUAGUCGUCAGGCAAGUUUCGGAACUGAUUGGAAAGCUCAUCGGCGCUACUCUUGAAGUCAAUAUCGAUUGGCUUGUCCACCGUAUCAUAAUGGGAAAAAAUGCUAAGAAAAUCAAGCAGUUCCAUGAUGUCCACAACGUUUCGGUAUAUUUCCCUAGCGAGGCGAUGGAGCAGUCCUCGGUUCUCUUGGUAUACGAUCCGUUAUCGCCAUCGGCAUCACCUUCUCCGGACGAGAAAAGGAAGCAUUUGGACGAUGUUGCCAAGGAACUACUGAAGAUGGCAAAAGAUGCGGCUGAUGUCAAGAGUGAAGUCGUUUCAGUAGCUAAACGUUGGCACGAAUCCGUCGUGGGUGAAGGCGGCACCACUCUUAAUGCUAUUAUUGGGGAGGACAAGGCACUCUCUAUUAAGGUCGGUGCUGAUGCUGCUGAUCCGUCUGGCGAAGAUGUCAUCCUUGUCCGUGGAGCAAGCGCUGACGUCGACCGAGCCGUCAAGGAGAUUCUGAAGAUUGUCGAAGAUGCCAAGAACGACGAGAUCGUGAACAGUUAUUCUACCGAAUUUGACAUUGACAGGGAGUUUGUUGGGCGCAUCGUUGGUGCUCAAGGUGCCGGCGUUAACAAGCUCCGCGACCAGCUUGGUGUCAAAGUGGAUGUUUCGGACGAUGAUGAGAAGGAGAAAGAGGGCAGCAAGAAAAAGAAGGGCGUCCAUCACAAGUCCAGGGUCACUAUCACUGGCAGAAAGGAAAAUGUUGAGGAGGCGAAGAAACGGAUUCUCACACAGUUGGAGCGCAUUGCCGACGAAACUUCGGAAGUGCUCAAGAUUCCGAGCCAAUACCAUUCUUCAUUGAUUGGUGCAAGUGGUAAAUAUGCCAUUCGACUCGAGGAGAAGUACUCUGUCAAGAUCACCUUCCCUCGUCAACAUGCCGAGAAUGGGGAAGCUAAGACCCGCGAACAAUUGAAGUCGGAUGAAGUUCUUGUAAAAGGCGGCAAGAAAGGUGUUGCUGGUGCCAAGGCUGAAUUGCUCGAAGCCCUCGAAUUUGAGAAGGAAUCGAACAACGUUCUCAAGUUUACUGUACCUACUCGUUCAGUUGCUCGGAUCCUUGGACGCGGAGGCGCAUCCAUCAAUGAGAUCAAGGAUAAUACUGAGGCUCAGAUCGAUGUCGACAAGGCUUCCGAGGAUUCCUCUGUCACCAACAUCACCGUCAGAGGGACCAAGAAGGCCGUAGCUGACGCUAAGGCCUCUAUUUUGGCUAUUGCCGACCAGAUUGCCGAGGAAUGCAAUGCCACUGUCGUCGUAGAAAGCAGGUUCCAUCGUACCCUUAUCGGUAGUGGUGGCCAAGGCCUCAAAGAAUUAGUUGCUCGUUGCGGUGGUCCCUCAGACCCCAAGGUUCUAGCUGGUCUCAUCAGAUUCCCUCGGCAAGGCGAACCUUCUGACGAAGUUCGCCUUCGUGGUGAGCAGAAGUUGGUUAACAAGGUCAAGGCCGAACUGGAAAAGGCCGUCGCCGCUCUACGGGACCGCGUUGUUUUGGCCGUCGACAUUCCAGCUAUCCAGCACCGUGCUCUUAUUGGCCGUGGGGGUCAAAAUCUAAACGAGAUGCAGAACAAGCAUAACGUACAGAUCCAGUUCCCCGGUUCUCGCUCAUAUGGACAAUUCGGCGAACCUGAGAAUGCAUCAGAGUUUGCCGAUGCAGAUCCUGGAAAUCUCGUCAAAGUUUCUGGUUCACGCGCAGCCUGUGAAAAGGCUGUUGAGGAGCUGAAGACAUUGGUGAAACCUGCUGUUCCUGAGGGAGUGACCGAUAUUGUGGAUGUUCCUCUCAAGUAUCAUCAUGUCAUCUCGCAGCAAGGUCAAUUCUUCCGGACUUUACGCGCGGUCGGGGUACAGGUUGAUCAGUCUGUUCAACCCCAGCAAUCCGCUGUGCCCAGUCGUCCGUCCCCGGCUGAUGCAGAUGCAGCUAAUGCUCGGAUCGAUGCGGACGCGGAUGCAGAAGAAGCUACUUCUGAUGUUGUCUGGGAGGUUGUUCCCAACUAUCAGAACGUCGAGGAGGGUGACUCAGCUUGGACCCUCAAAGCCCGGGAUCAAGCUGCGUUGGACAAAGCACGUCAGCUCAUCACCGAUGCUGUGAAUGCUGCUGCGCAAAUGACCUCCGUUGGAUUCCUCACUUUACCUGAUCGCUCCCUGUUCCCAAGAAUCGUUGGGUCGAAAGGCGCAAAUGUCGCACGUCUUCGCAAUGAAACUGGUGCCGAUAUUACUGUUAGCAGAGAAAACAGUACGAUUGUCAUUAUGGGUUCUGAAAAUGACAUAGUCGCCGCUAAAGAUGCAAUUCUGAAAAUGUCGUCGACAGGUCGAUCGCAACGUCGACACUCUUGAUCUCUCUACAUUACUGGAUAUUUAAUUGGCAUGUAGUUAUGACGUUGGAA